GUGGACUGCACAAUGCUACCUUGUUGACAAAAUGGCCGAGCGCUACAGAUUACUGUUCGAAUUCAGAAUUGCGCUUCUCCCUCCCCGCUUUCGCCCGAUGACGUGAUGGGUCUUUUCCCGGUGCCCAGCGGCUAAGCAUAAUCGAAUCCACCCACUGGUUAUACUCAUGCGCUUCACGCUGGGCUGUGGAUGGAACAGGGCUAAACAGCUUCACGCUGGGCUGUGGAUGGAACAGGGCUAAACAUAACGGACUAGAGAACAGAGAAAACAAAACAACACAUUGAACCGCUAAACAACCACCAAAAGGGGCUUUGGUGGGACAACAAGGUACAGCCAACUCGCUGAGUCUCACCUCAUUCUAUUGGCUUCUGAGCCCUGUCUGCUAAAGGUACAGCCAGCCAAUCAGUGAACUGUUGCCGUGACUCUGAGAUCUGCCUGGUGCUGUGAAGAAGACGUUUUCCUUCUGAGCCCAUCCUCCAGUCCCCACUCUACCACUUUUUACAUGACUAGGACUGUCACUGAUCUCCAUUAAGCCUGUCACAGCCUAUUAUCACUACCUCAUCUACAAUUCUAACCUCAUAAUUGGCUGUUGCUGUUCUAUGUCUGAUUCCUAAUUGAACGUCAGCCAUUAACCUCCUCCCUGACUGGCUCCCUGGAUUAGCUUUGAACUUUGACCUCUGCCACAGCCAAAUACAACUACGGCCAGGUGAGAAUGGAGCAGGUGUAUGCGUCGGGGAUGGCCGCCAAGUUGCGCAGCCAGUGGGACCGGGACGAGGGUCUGGGCCAGAACCACAACGCAGUCAAGUUCCAGGGCCAGGACUUUGAGUCGCUGAGGGCCCGGUGCCUCCAGAGCCGCAGCCUGUUUGAGGACAGCCUGUUCAUCUGCGCCUCCUCCUCUCUGGGGUUCAAUGAGUUGGGACCACGCUCCUCCAAGACCCAGGGAGUACGCUGGAUGAGACCUACGGAGAUCUGUACCCGUCCCCAGUUCAUAGUAGAUGGAGCCACUCGCACUGAUAUCUGCCAGGGAGCUUUAGGUGACUGCUGGUUGCUGGCAGCCAUAGCCUCGUUGACUCUGAACGACAACCUCCUCCACAGAGUGGUGCCUCAUGGACAGGACUUCGGAGGCCAGUACGCUGGCAUCUUCCACUUCCAGUUCUGGCAGUAUGGGGAGUGGGUGGAGGUGGUGAUCGAUGACAGGCUGCCGGUGAAGGAUGGGAAGCUACUCUUCGUCCACUCUGCCGAGGGAGGAGAAUUCUGGAGCGCCCUGCUGGAGAAAGCCUACGCCAAGCUACAUGGCUGUUACGAGGCCCUGUCGGGAGGCAGCACGUCAGAGGGUUUUGAGGACUUCACAGGAGGGGUAACAGAGAUGUAUGAGCUGAGGAAAGCGCCCUCUGACCUCUACAGUAUCAUCAGUCGGGCUGUGGAGAGAGGAUCGCUGCUGGGCUGCUCCAUAGACAUCACCGGUAGUCAGGACAUGGAGGCUGUGACCUUUAAGAAGCUGGUGAAAGGUCACGCCUACUCAGUGACCGGGGUUGACGAGGUGGUGUACAGGGGGAAUAUGACCAAACUGGUCCGCAUCCGCAACCCCUGGGGAGAGAUAGAGUGGACUGGUGCCUGGAGUGACAACUCCAGAGAGUGGGAGAGCGUGGACCGGUCAGUCAGAGGGCGACUCCAGAACCGCAGUGAGGAUGGAGAGUUCUGGAUGUCAUUCAGCGACUUCCUGCGUGAGUUUACGCGUCUGGAGAUCUGUAACCUCACAGCAGACGCCCUGGAGGCCAACCAGCAGAAGAAGUGGAGCUCAGCCGUCUACCAGGGGGAGUGGAGGAGGGGCAGCACGGCCGGGGGCUGCAGGAACUUCCCUGCCACAUUCUGGAUCAACCCACAAUUCAAGAUCGGCUUGCAGCACCCCGACACAGCCGGCCAAUCAGAUUGCAGCUUCCUGGUGGCGCUGAUGCAGAAGGACCGGAGAAAGAAACGCAAGGAGGGCAAGGACAUGGAGACCAUCGGAUUCGCCAUUUACGAGGUUCCUAAUGAGUAUGUGGGUAGAUCAGGCAUCCACCUGAAGAGAGAUUUCUUCCUGACGCACGGUUCCAGUGCCCGCUCUGAGCUCUUCAUCAACCUGAGAGAGGUGAGCUCUCGCUUCCAGCUGCCCGCCGGGGAGUACAUCAUCGUCCCUUCCACCUUCGAACCCCAGAAGGAGGGAGACUUUGUCCUCAGAGUCUUCUCUGAGAAACCAGCUAACUCGGAGGAGCUGGAUGAUGACGUCACAGCUGAACUUCCUGCAGAGUCUCAGCUGGAGGAGAGCCAGAUUGAUGCUGGCUUCAAGAGUCUGUUCAGACAGCUGGCUGGAGAGGACAUGGAGAUCAGUGCCACAGAGCUGCAGACCAUACUCAACAGGAUCAUAAGCAAGCACAAAGAUCUGAAGACAGAUGGAUUUGGACCAGAAGCUUGUCGCACUAUGAUCAACCUGAUGGAUACUGAUGGUAGUGGUAAACUGGGACUGGCAGAGUUCCACGUGCUGUGGGAGAAAAUUAAACGAUACCUGACUGUAUUCCGUCAGUUUGACCUGGACAAGUCAGGCACCAUGAGUUCCUAUGAGAUGAGGAUGGCCCUGGAGGCGGCAGGUUUCAAGCUGACGAACCACCUGUUCCAGCUGAUAAUUCUGCGCUACACUGAGGCUGACCUGACAGUUGACUUUGACAACUUUGUUACCUGCCUGGUUAGGCUGGAGACCAUGUUCAAAACAUUCAAGACGAUGGACACAGAUUCUGAUGGAGUGAUAGAACUCAACUUCUUCCAGUGGAUCACCCUGACCAUGUUUGCCUAAAGAUGAUGGACUCACUGAUGUUAUUGCACCAGACUACACUAAUGUAAUUUCAGAAGUGCCUUUCUCUGGCUCUUCCUCUCUGCACUGCAGAGAUCAAAAAAAAAACUUGAGUAAUGUUUACAACAUUUAAUAUGGGGAUCAUGUGCCAAAGCAUUGCCUGUUACCUUAGAAACAGAGGGAGACAACUCUACUCACAUGGCGCCACAACAUAGAGGAAGACGGAAGGGCAUUUUGAUACUCCCUCCAAUUGGAUAGGAAGGAAACUUCCUAAAGUUUUUGUUUUACAUCUUGUGCCAAUUUUCACAAUUGCCUUGUCAUAUUUUCAACGUUCCUUUUGGAAGCCAUUUUGGGGCCUGUGUUUCAGGAAUAGGCAAUGGGGGUGUUGGUAUGGAGUUUGGGUCAAAAGGAUUUUCUCUGCUGAGAAAGAAGGCAAAGUGCUGUUGUAAUUUGGAAGUACUUCAUCAUCCUUAGAGGAUCGAAUCACCGGCAUGACAAUUUUUAUUUAGAAGUCGUAUAUGUCAGUACUUUUCAGUGGGAAAACCCCCACAAUAUCCUUGUAAUGCCGCAUACUCAAAACUUGAUAUCCUCAUUUUGAAUGGAUGCCAAAGACACUUCAAGGAUAUCCCAGCUUUUUAUGUUAAUUUUUUUUGUGUGUUCCACGGGGAACAUGAAACUACCCACUGGGCAUUGACGUCAAUUCCACGUUGGUUCAACGUAAUUUCAUUGAAAUGACAUGGAAACAACAUUGAUCCAACCAGUGUGUGCCCAGUGGAUAUUUUAUUUUUAUUUUAGUAUUUGUGAUGUAGGUUAUAAGUGAUGACAGAUUUUUGAUUGGAAUAGCAGGCAUCAACCUGAUCGCAUGUAAUGUCAGUUGUAUUCAUGGAUGAAGGAAGGUAAUGUGCAGUUGGAGACAUUUUGCCAAACAGACUGAGGGAACCAGAAACAGUAUGACACUCUUAUUGCCAUGACAUUCAAUUCUAUAGUUGCCAUUUUUCUGUGUAGAUUGAUAAUAAAAUGUCUUAUAUGCAUUAUGCAAUCACGACUGUUGUUUACAGUGUACUCUGGAAUUGUGUUAUGCUCUCUCUUAUUAUGGAAUUAUGUACCUUUUCCAUUUCUAUCUAUACAAAACUUCAAUAAACUUUUUCUGAACACAAUUA